AUGGCGCGAAAGGCCAAACAGAAGGCCAAGGCCUCUGAGGCCCCCCGAUCUCGGGCCUUCGUUGCAUGUCACCAAGCCGAAACUGGUCACGCUGGUCAUGGCCCAGUCUUGGGGCAUCCGGAACAGGCAGAACGGGUGAGAGCUUGUGGCGAUCGUCUCCGUGCCAAUAAAUCACUUUGGUCGUUGCUGAAGAAGCUCCCAGCAAGGAGAGCUACUGACUCUGAGCUGCAACUGGCUCAUGAUGAGAGCCAUAUAAAAGGCCUUACCAAGUUAGCAGAUUUGGCUGCCACUGGAAAGACACAAUUCGUCCCACACGGCCCCAUGUGCAUGAACGGACCAAGAUCCGAAGUUCGAGUUGAUGAAGGCGAUUCAUCUGAUGAUACGUAUGUGACCUCUGGAAGCCUGGAAGCUGCCCGAUUUGCCGCGGGAGGCAUACUACAAGGGGUUGAUGAGAUGUUGAUGGAGGACGGCUUGCAACGCGGUCUGGUUUUGUGUCGUCCUCCAGGGCAUCACGCGAGCAGAGCACGUUCCUCGGGAUUUUGUUUGGUGAACAAUGUUGCUAUAGCAGCAGCUUAUGCACUGAGCUGUGAAGGCAUCGAACGUGUUUUGAUUUUUGACUGGGACGUUCAUCACGGUCAAGGAACUCAGCAAAUUUUCGAGCAAUCAGACGAAGUGCUCUUCAUCAGUUUUCACCGACAUGAUGGUCAGUCAUUUUACCCAGCGACAGGAAGUCCCUUUGAGAUUGGCUGUGGACAUGGAAAAGGUCUCACAGUGAAUGUUGCCUUACCUCAGGGUUUUGAGGAUCUUGCCUUGUGGAGCGCAUGUGCACAGGUGUUGGUUCCCAGCACCAGAAGCUUCAAACCAGACCUGAUCCUGAUCAGUGCAGGAUUUGAUGCCGCCGCAGGUGACCCCUUGGGCGGAUGUUCUGUAACUCCACAACUCUUCGGCCUUCUCACCCGCGAAAUAUUGAAACUCUCCACAGAGACUGCACAUGGACGAGUACUGCUUGCACUUGAAGGUGGUUAUAAUGUUGAUGUGCUGGCAGAAUGCGUUGAAGAUGUCAUGACUGCACUGGUGGAUGAGGUGGAUCUCGGAACUGCUCCGUUUGCAAGCGCACCAGACUGGCUGAAGGGCAAGUCUUGCCAGGGCCCUAUCCGAAAGACUUGCGAGGUACACAAGGGACCACCACUCCGGCUGCCCAUGCCGCUAUCCAAAGCUGAAAGGAGGCGGUCAUCAGAGUUGGAGAUGGAGGCCUCAAAGCGCUCUAUGUCAAAAGACAUAAAAGAAAUGGACUCUCAAAGCGCUGAAAGCGCUCAAAGUGACGUUGAAGUGAGCGCUGUGAGCAAAGACACUGAGCUGACGACUGAUAGAAAGCUCACUUCAGAGGAUUUGUCAGCGACUGUGCAGGUCGCCGAAGGUAGACUCAAGGCAAGAUCUCCCCCGUGCAUCCGUUGCCAGUCCGUUGCCUGUACACCAAUUUAG